ACACGAUGGUGCACAGUUGUGCGACCACGUUCCUUUCGCACGAUCUGAUGCGACCACCGCCAUUUUCAACGAAUAAUCAGCUGGCACUACCGUUUUCUGCUGGUUCCACUGCAAAUAAUCACUGUCGCCACAGGAAACAUUCCAUUGCUGCUAUCCGGAGGAAAGGACACCGCCAACUUGCCAACAAGGAGCAACAGCUGCAGCAGCAGCAAUUCAGGUCAAUUUUCAACCGAACCUAAGUACACCAUAUCCGCUCGGAGAGAGCCGGAGUUUCGUUGGUCUCACUCUUUUCAUUAGAUUCGUGACAAACGGAUCGAUAUUGAACAAACCUACUGUUCACGAGACUGUGAUCGGGAAAGAUCUCUACUCGAAUACUAAUCAAUAUACUGUGUAAACUAGACACUAACUUUUCGAUUGAGAAGCAGGUGGCGAAAAGAACGUAAACUAGGGACCUUAGAGUUUAAAAAAUCUUAGGUCGUAACAACCCCUCUUGCGAGGGAUUUGAAGACUAGCUAAAGCAAUGUAUUCCGAAACCAUUGCGGAAUUGGAUACGAUAGCCAAUGUGAUCGGUCUACGCGGUGUGGGUACGAGUACGCUGACGAAGUUUGUAGAUAUGUGGUACCACGUCUUCCUGUGGGCACUGUUUUCGUCGAUCGUCGUGCAUACGGGUGCGGCAGUUGUGGCGUUCGUAACGUUACGUAAGCACAAGUUUGGCCGCUUCUUUUCGAUCUUCAUCUUGGUGAUGGGUGUAGUUUCUCCGGUUACCGGAGGAACUGUCAGCAGUGCCACCAUUGCCUUUGUACAUAGAGCCUCGAAUUUGCCCAUGUCACCGAUCCUGGCGAUGGUCUAUGGCGUCGGUCAGACGAUACUGUCCGCCUGUCUCGGAUUCACGCGACUACUGGCGACACUGUAAAAAAUAUGUGAUGAUUUUUCCUGCUCUCACAAUUCCCACACCAAUGUGAAGUCACCCAACAUCAAACAUACACUGAACACGGGAGGAGUUCUUCUCACGGCAUGAAUGCCUUCAUAAAACACGAAUGCUGAAUCGACAGGAAACCCCACACUCAACUAAAUUUACGCAUACAUGUAACGUAAACACACAUCUUAUUUAUUGUACUAGUGGGAAUUCUUAACAAUAGAACAAAUUACAGAAACGAGAAACAAAAACGUUAGUAACUCUACGAUAGUCCAGUUUCUUUCAAUAUGCGCAAACGUCGAAGGAAAAAAAUUGGAUAUGUACCUACAACUGGCGAACGAGAUCAGCAGGAGUAAAGCAAAAUUCGCAUGGACCGUUCAUGAAAGGUUUAAUCGAGUAAGACUGUCGAAAACGCUAGUUCUCGAGGUAGUACAAUCUCUUAUCUUAUUAUUUUUAAAACAUUCGAUCAAAGUUUGACUGGUUCAAACUGCUUCAAUAGUUCAACUUUAAUACCUCUGUAUAACUUUCAACAUUUACUAGACAUUUCAAUGUAAGUCUAUAUGUACCUAACCUUUUUUUUUGUUGUAAAAUUUGAAAAUUACUAAUGUUUGAAUUUCUUUAGUUCGUUAAUUUAAACAAUCGUUUUCCUCUAAUUGAAACUGAUUUGUAGAAAUAUCAUUAUCAUUUUCUCUGAUUCUACAUUGAUUGAACAUUUAAGAAAUUAAAUGUUCAAUACAUCUCUUUCAUAACGUCAAACUCCCUUAAUAGAGCUAGCUGUCGGUCUAUCUUCAUGGAGUUUGAAUACGUACGCAGAAAAUAUUAAACGGGACCAGUCUUCAUGAACCGGUUUAAACCUUUAUUUUACUGUCUCAAAACAGUAUUAACAAACAUUUAAGAAAGGCUUGAUUUGGGGGAAAAUCCAUUUACACAUUCAUUGAAUGGAUUACUUAUGUAAUCUGAACUAGUCUGGGUCAAGUAUCUUGAGCCUUGACACAGGUUCUUAAAAUGUUUUAAGCUUUUCAGAAUUGGUGGAAUGUUAGAAAAAGUUUGAAUUCUUUCCAUUCAAUUCAAUUUAAUAUCUUUUGUGGUAUACUGUUUCCGAAAUCAGUCUUCCAUCUAAGAUGCAGUUAGGCCAUGUUAAACUUUGACUGAUCAUCAUGUAUUACAACAAAUAUGGAAAUUGAUUUAUCUACAGCACUUUUAAAAUAUUUUCUAAAGGUUGAAUUUUCUGCUCAAGAGAGAACUAGCGUUUCAAUACUAUCAGAAAUUUGUGAAAUAAUGAUUUGAGUAUGCUUCAAAUAAGCUAAGGAAAGAAAAAACGUGCUGAGACUAAAGUUCUAGGCUCCUAACAGCAUUUGAUGGGAGGUUAGUAAAUAAACUAAAUUAUUAUACAUAGUCAUAGAAACAAAUAAAAAAACAACAAAUGAAUAGUGAUAUCUACCUAAAUACAAAUAAUUGAAACAACUUAAUCAGUAGACAAAUUAAA